AUGAAGGCCCUCACCAAGUCCACCUCGACCUCUGCCCUGCCGCGCAAUGUCUCUCCCGGACCUGUGCGUUCCAUGCUGGGCCGCCCCGAGUCCGGCGUGCUCAACACGAUUCCCGACCCACGCACGCCCAGUCCGAACAACAGACCAGGCUCGAGUGCAGAACGCCCGGAGACGCCGCGCCACCCGGAUCUCAACGACGAGGUUGCCACGCUCAGCACGAAGCUGAUUAACGCCAUCAACCACCAAACGAACCUGGACGACAACUUGCAACAGGCUCGCGCCGAACUGGACAUGGCACGCCGGCGGAUUGGGCAAUUGGAAACCGAUGCACAAGAACACGCGCGCGUCAUGCAGCGUAUGGUGAAGAAGGAGGACUACGACAACCUAGAGAUGACUUUGCGGAAGCAGCUAUUGGAAGAGAAGAAGGCUCGGUUUGCCGCUGAUCAAGAAAAGAAGAGGAUUGAGAACGAACUCGAGGCCCUCACUACUGCUCUCUUCCAAGAGGCCAACACGAUGGUUGCUGCAGCAAGGAAAGAAACGGAAGCGUCCGAGCGAAGAGUCGAGCAGUAUAAAACUCAGCUAAAAGACGCCGAGCUUCUACUUGCCUCACAUCAGGAACAGCUUCGGGACCUUAAAGAAGUCAUGGCGGCCAUGACCGCUGAGAAUGACGACAAAGAGACGACCGCCACGACGAAUACGCACAACUCGACGGCGCCGUCAACGCCAGCUGCCGUUCCUGCAGACCGAUCAAGCCGUGCCUCCGAUAGAGCAAGCCUUACUCCGAAUACGCCACAUGAUGAAGAUGUUGAGCCUGCUCACCCAUUGCACUUCACUCACUUGAUUAGCCCGGUUUUGCGCACCGACGUGGAAGCAUACAGCGAAUUCCAGGAGCUGUUAAGGACUGCCAAAACACACACUUCUCUGCCGACUUCUCGCACCACGAGCGGAAACUACGGAGGCUUGAACGUCAUGGGUCUCGGAUCGAUCGCCAACAUUUCGACUGCCAGUCUUAGCCUGCAGCCCACGAACAGCUCUGAAACCUCUCUGCCGAAAUCGGUCAAUUCUGUGAACAAGGAAACUGGUGCCGUCCUCCCUGCCCUGAAGGAGAUCAAAUUCUACAAGCGAGCCCUAACGGAGGACAUUGAACCCACUCUUCGCUUGGACAACGCCCCUGGUCUUUCUUGGCUGGCCCGCCGAACUGUUCUCAACAGCAUGACCGCUGGAUCGUUGACCAUUGAACCACAGCCUCCAUACGCCAGAUACCGCGGGCCUGUUUUUGCUUGCAGCCUUUGCGGCGAAAACCGAGUGUCAAAAGUCAUGAACAAGGAUGGAACCGACCCCUAUGCGCGAAAGCACCGGUUUAGAACCUCUGACGAAAAGGACGCACAACGGUACCCGCUGUGCGACUUCUGCCUCGGUCGAGUUCGGAGCUGCUGCGACUAUAUCAGUUUCUUGCGUCUGUGUCGGGACGGACAUUGGCGCGCCGAGAACGGAGAUGAGGAGAAAAGCGCGUGGGAAGAAAGUGUCCGGCUUCGCGAGCGCAUGUUCUGGGCUCGUGUUGGCGGCGGAGUUGUCCCCGCUUACAUCCAUCUGAAUCAUAGCCCCAGAGGUGCCAUGGCGGAGAAACGACGUAGUGGGGCAGCCGACCCGAGGAAAAGUGUUGAAAGCGAGUUAAAACUCAAUCACGACGACAAGGGCGCGGCCGAUCAGCUCCCGGACACGGAGAACAAUACGACUCAGGAAUUACAGGGUGAAGCGCAAGAGCCUCUGGAUUCCUCGGAGCAGGAGAGCAGCAUCGACACUGGGAGGCCGAUCGUAACGACUACAGACAGCGAUGCUCAUCUGGAGCAGAAGCAAGAUUCUGCUGUUGCCCUCGAUUCGGAUGAUGAGCGAAGGAUUGAGAAGGAAGCUGCGAAGCAAUUACAAAGCGGAAUGCGGAAGUCACUCGAGGCGCACGAGGGCGAGACCGAAGCUGACAAGGACGCUGAUGACAAGCGAGCGGAACCCGAGACGCAGCCGGCCGAGACGCCGGAGAUCGAGUCGGAGAAAACGGCAAGACCAGAAGCUAAGGCCGACGACGACGACGAGAAGAAAUCGGUUGCCACCCAGGAAUCCGAUAAUCGGGCUUCGCUGAUGCCAGGCAGCUUUGAGUGA